CUCCUCCACAUGUCGGUUUUCUCUCAGAGUUUUUCUCCCUGCGGUCGAUUUCUGGCAGCUGGAAACAACUACGGAGAGAUCGCCCUGUUCAGCCUGUCUGCAGCUCUGAGUCCAGACGCCACCGCACAGAGUCAGAAACCUGUUCUCACAUUCACAGCUCACGAGGGUCCCGUCUUCUCGCUCCUGUCCACCGACUGUCACCUCCUGAGCGCCGGGAACGGAGAGAUCAGCGCCUGGAGCUGGACCGAGCUCAUCAAGAAGAAUGUCAAACCCCUGUGGACAAAAAGACCCAACUACAAAUCCAGUCUGGAGAUCCCGGAGAUCAACUCAAUGGUCCUGAACCCCAGAGAUAACAGUCUUAUAGUCGGUGGGGGAGACAACAACGUCCACGUCCUGGACCUGGAGCGCGGAGUCUUCAAGUUGGUCCUUCAGGGUCACUCGGACUACGUCCACUGUGUGAGUGUGAGAGAGAGGGAGGCUGAGAUCCUGUCCGGGGGGGAGGACGGAGCGGUGAGGAUCUGGGACAGCAGGACGGGUCAGUCGGUCCACUGCAUCGAGGUCUACAAGUACGAGAGCUGUGCCCGACCGCAGUACGGGAAAUGGAUCAGCUGUCUGACCACCGACUCUGACUGGAUG